UGAAGCCUAGGUUACAAAGGUUGUACAUGUCUAGAAAGACGGCUGAAGAUAUGCGAUGGCAUAGUGAAGAUAAGUUCAAUGAUGAUAUAAUGAGGCAUCCUCGUGACUCAAUUGCUUGGAAGUCAUUUGAUAUGGAAUUUAGUGCAUUUGGCAAAGAAUCACGUAACGUAAGGCUAGGACUAGCUUGUGAUGGGUUUCAACCAUUCAAUAAUUCACAGCAUAGUACCUGGCCUGUUGUUCUUAUUCCGUAUAAUCUGCCUCCAUGGAUAUGCAUGAAAGCUCAUUCAUUCAUGUUAACUUUAAUUAUACCCGGACCUAGUAGCCCAGGAAGAAAUAUAGAUGUAUACCUUCAGCCAUUAAUUGAUGAAUUGAAAGAGCUUUGGAACAUUGGAAUUGAGACAUAUGAUGCUUUUUCUAAGGAAAAUUUUCAGAUGCAUGCAGCAGUGUUGUGGACAAUCAAUGACUUUCCUGCCUAUGGAGAUCUUUCUGGAUGGACCACUAAAGGCCAUUUUGCAUGCCCAUGCUGCCAUAAAGAAACGAAACGAACAUCUUUGCUGAGAAAGGGUGGCUAUUUAGAUCAUCGACGUUGGCUUCCACUUGAUCAUAUAUGGAGACAAGAUGCUGCUUCCUUUAACAAUAAAAAGGAGAAAAGGCGUGCACCGCUUCCAUUGAGUGGGGAAGAGGUACUACAACACUUGUCUCGUUUCACACCAGAAAAGUUUGGAAAGACUUCUAACAAAAGAAAAAGGGAUGCCUCAAAUAGUCUGUAUGGGUGGCAUAAAAGAAGCAUUUUUUUUAAUUUGCCUUAUUGGAGUAAGUUAAAAAUUCGUCAUAACUUAGAUGUUAUGCACAUCGAAAAAAAUGUCUCUAAUAACAUUUUGGGUACUUUGUUGGGCAUAAAAGGCAAGAGCAAAGAUACCACAAAGGCUCGAAUAGAUUUGAUGAAGAUGAAAGUUAGAAGUGAAUUGCACCCGAUAUUGGAUGGUGAUAAAGUACGUGUUCCUGUUGCAUGUUACUCUCUAAGCUCAAGUGCCAAAGCUGCCAUAUGUGAUAUGUUUACUAAAAUAAAAUCCCCAGAUGGCUAUUUAUCAAACAUUUCUCGUUGUGUCAAGGAUAAUGGAAAAAAGAUUUCUUGCUUGAAGAGUCAUGAUCAUCAUGUGUUCAUUAAGCAGUUACUUCCUCUUGUAACGCGUGGCUUUUUGCCAAAGUAUGUUUAUGAACCUCUGGUAGAGUUAAGUUCCUUUUUUAGGAAUUUGUGUUCAAAGAGUAUAACCAUCGGUGAACUGGAAGAUCUUGAAAGAAAAAUCCCUUACACGUUGUGUAAGCUUGAGAUGAUUUUUCCACCAGCUUUUUUUGAUGUCAUGGUUCAAUUAGUUAUACACUUGGCAGCCGAGGCAAAGAUUGCUGGGCCAGUUUGUUAUCGUUGGAUGUAUCCAGUUGAGAGGUACAUUCAAACGUUGAAAUCAUAUGUUCGUAACAGAGCACACCCAGAAGGUUCAAUAGCUGAAGGAUACCUUGCUGAUGAAUGUCUAACAUUCUGCUCUGGGUAUAUGAAUGAUAUUGACACUGUUUUCAAUCAUAAAGCGAGAAAUGAUGAUUAUGUGGUGGAUGGUGAAGAUGUUUCUUGUAGUAAUCUUGAGGUAUUUAAAUCUUUGGGGCGUAGCAUUGGACAAGGUGUUCCUGUACAUCUUGAUUUUGAAGAGAGUGAUCAAAUACACUCUUAUAUUCUACAUAAUUGUGAUGAACUUGUCGAGUUUGUUAACGAGCACAAGUUAGAACUUCAAAGAGAAUGCCCAAGAAACAUAGAAAAAAGGCAUAAAGCACAAUUUUCCAAUGGAUACUUGAUCGUGUACGAAAAUUGCAUGGAGAGGAUUCCAUUGAUAAUGAUCUUUAUAAUCUAGUUUGUGGUCCUUCAAGGGUUGCAAGGCGUUAUACUGGUUACAUUGUAAAUGGUUAUAGGUUUCACACUAAUGACCGCUCGGA